CACAUGUUUCCAACUUUUUACAGGUUUGGCUUUCUCUCAAGAAUUCUCCAUUUUUAUUAGUUUAGGCCUAUAUAUUAUGGUGUUUUCAAAAUAAACUAUCUAUCUAUCAAAGUCUAAAAGUGAAACGACCAUCUUAAAAAUGGAUCCAAAACUUGUUGAACUUGCUCUUGAAUGCUUCCGAAACAAGCCAAGGGUUAAAAUUAGAAAAUUGAAUAUUUCUGGAAAUGAUUUUAUUAAAGUAAAAAAUGAUUCUACAAGUGACAAAAAUUAUGUUCAAGUCAAUGUAACACAAUCACAGAAAGGGAAAGAUGUUAAAAUUGAGAAGCAAAAGAAGGGUCAAAAUUCUGGUACAGGAGGGAGUAAUGAUAAUGUGGCAACACUGACCGUAUCUAAUGGUAACAGGAAUCAAAAAACAACAAAAAAGAUAACGAACGAUCUUGGAGGAAAUGAAUCAGAACGUGGUUGCAAAGUUUGUGGCAAAAUUUACGAGACAGAAUGCAGCUUAAGGAAGCAUUCAUGGACACACACGAAAGGAAAACCAUAUUCGUGUGAUAUAUGUGGCGCCAAAGUUACAACUAAGAACAGCUUAAGAAAACAUAUGCGAAUCAUGCACUCAGAGAUAAGAGUAAAAUGUGAUUUAUGUGAUAAGGAAUACAAAGAGAUAUCUACGUUGAAAGCUCACAAACGAGCUGUGCAUGAGAACAAUAAAAAGCAUAAAUGUACCAUUUGUGACAAGACAUUUCUCUUUCUAAGUGCUUUGAAAGUCCAUAUGGACACUCACUCAAACCUGCGUAAGUAUAAGUGCCACAUUGAGGGGUGCAAUAAAGCUUACUUAAUGAAAAAAGCACUUUCUCACCAUCUACUGGUUCAUUAUAACAUUCGCCGAUUUGUUUGUGAUAUUUGCGGAAAGAACUUCAUUAUUAAUGCACAUUUGAAACUCCAUAUGAGAGUACAUAGCGGAGAAAAACCAUACAAAUGUAAAUAUUGUGGGAGAGCUUUUGCAUAUAAAGCAUUUCUCGUUAACCAUACACGCGUACACACCGGUGAGCGUCCUUUUAAAUGUAAGGAUUGUGGCAUGGAUUUCAAAUAUGCAAUAGCAUAUACAUACCAUAAAAGAAAAAAUCACCCAAGUGAAACACAGCCAACAUUUGCCUGUUUGAUUUGCUCUAAAUCUUUUCGGGACGAUUCAUCUCUAGCACGACAUAUGUUAGUUCACACGAAUGAAACUCCUUACAAAUGUGAGACAUGUGGACGCGGUUUUAAACUAGAACAAAACUUAAAACGACAUUACAUAGUUCACACGGGAGAAAAACGAUACAAAUGCACGAUCUGUGAAGCAGAGUAUGGGUAUCCAAACUCGUUAAAACAACACAUAAUUGGCGUACAUUUGGGAAAAAGAGACUAUAAGUGUGAAAUAUGUGCGAAAACUUUUGCUCGCAGUCAAACACUUGCUAGUCACCUAUAUAUGCACAAAGGCGAAAAGAAAUUUCCAUGCAAAAAAUGCGGCCGUAAGUUUCGAUCCAAAAUCAUGGCAGCUGUUCAUAUGCGAACUCACACAAAAGAAAAACCAUUUGAAUGUGACAUAUGUGGGGACAGAUUCGCUCAUUCAAGCAGUCGUGAUAUGCAUUUGAGACUGCAUACAGGUGAAAGACAUUACAAAUGUAAAAAAUGUCCUGAGUCAUUUAUGCACAGAUAUCAACUCUUGAAACACAAUGGCUCCCAAUGCAGAUUCAAAGUUCUUCCAAAUGAAAACGAUCCAAGGAUUGUGCGCUAAGUUAUGUCAAGUGAUGAGAAAUUGAUUGUUGUAAACUGCUUGUCUGAGGAAGUCUAACUUUGGUCAGACGAAACGUUACAGAAGUACAUUUGUGUUAGUGUGCAGCUGGACUCUUUAAUUGGAUAGUCAUGUUUAUUCCGGUGACAGCAUCCUUGCAGUAUACACAUAUCCACUAGCAUCAGUAUUAUUAACCUGGUGCUUUUAUUGAAAGAUGCCAUGGGCGAAGAGAUAUGGCCAAUGCUGUACAUUGUACUGUAGUGUAAUCUGUACUGUAUCUGCUGUACUGUAGUGUAAUCUACGUUCCGAAUACCUGCUAGAAUGUUAUUCCCAGAGUCAAAUAUGGCACAAUAUUAGCUGAUACCAAAGGGAUGAGAGAAAUUAAAGGGUUCGAAGGUGCCAUGAGCUAGUAAUUGUCAUCUUGCUUUUGCAUGUUAACGAUCAUCUCUUAAUCUUACUGUGUAGGAAUGGGAAAAGAUAAAAAAAAAAUUGUAGUAGUAACGCCAUUAGUAUCUGAGAACUAAAACAUUGUUCAGAGCAAA